AGGGGGUGUCUACGCCUGCGCAUUACAGCGCUUGUCUCACAUGCCCAAGAGCGGUGUUUUCUGCGCUUGCGCUGUACGCCUCCCCUCCCCAGCGGCCGGGAGGGGGGAUUGCUGCGCGUGCGCAGUGUGGCCUUCGUGCCCCCGUGCCCCGGAGGGGGGGUUGCUGCGCCUGCGCACAACGCUGCCCGCCCCUCGCCAGCAGUAGCAGCAGUAGGAGGAGGCGGCGUUGGUCCCGGCUGGGGCGAUAGCGUGAGGGUGCCCGAGCGCCGCCGUUGCCCCCUUUUAUCCGGGAGCCUCAGGUCCGGGCCGAGGAGGAGGAGGCGUCCCGGCCGCGGAGGGAGUCCGAGCGGCGGCGGCAGCAGCAGGAGUCUGUGCCCGGCCCCCCCUGCGCUCAGUCCCGUUACAACCCCCUCCCUCCGCGCUCCGCAGCCACCAACAUGUCGGCGCCGGCGGCCAAAGUCAGUAAGAAGGAGCUGAACUCCAACCACGAUGGGGCCGACGAGACCUCAGAAAAAGAGCAACAGGAAGCAAUUGAACAUAUUGAUGAAGUACAGAAUGAAAUAGACAGACUGAAUGAACAAGCAAGUGAGGAAAUUUUGAAAGUAGAACAGAAAUACAACAAACUCCGCCAACCAUUCUUCCAGAAGAGGUCAGAACUGAUCGCCAAAAUUCCAAACUUCUGGGUAACAACAUUUGUCAACCACCCACAAGUAUCUGCACUGUUGGGGGAAGAAGAUGAGGAGGCACUGCAUUAUUUGACCAGAGUUGAGGUGACAGAGUUUGAAGACAUCAAAUCAGGUUACAGAAUAGAUUUUUAUUUUGACGAGAAUCCAUACUUUGAAAAUAAAGUUCUCUCCAAAGAGUUUCAUCUGAAUGAGAGUGGAGAUCCAUCUUCAAAAUCAACUGAGAUCAAAUGGAAAUCUGGGAAGGACUUGACAAAGCGCUCAAGCCAGACACAGAACAAGGCCAGUAGGAAGAGGCAGCAUGAAGAACCAGAAAGUUUCUUUACCUGGUUCACUGACCACUCUGAUGCAGGUGCUGAUGAACUAGGAGAAGUCAUCAAAGAUGACAUCUGGCCAAAUCCAUUACAAUACUACUUGGUUCCUGAUAUGGAUGAUGAAGAAGGUGAAGGAGAGGAAGAUGAUGAUGAUGAUGAAGAGGAGGAAGGGUUGGAGGAUAUUGAUGAAGAAGGAGAUGAAGAUGAGGGGGAAGAAGAUGAAGAUGAUGAUGAGGGAGAAGAAGGAGAGGAAGAUGAAGGAGAAGAUGACUAAUUAAACACUGAUGGAUUCCAACACCCACCCCUCCUUUUCUUACCUUUUUAAUUUUUCUCCAGUCCCUGGGAGCAAGUUGCUGGGUUUUUUUUCUUUUUUGUUUGUUUGUUUGUUUUCCCCCACCCUUGUGCUCAGUCGCCUUGUUCUCUGAGGGUCUCUUUUCUCUCCUCUACACCAUGGUUCACCGUUUAUUUUGGGGAAAAUACCCUGAGCAGAAUACAAUGGAAAAGAAAAUCUCUACCAGUUUCUGUUCCAAGUUCAUUUUUAUCCCUUUCUGUCUCAAAACAAAAACUGUUUAUGGAAUCAACACACCAUGUUCUGUGGGAAAAAAGAAACCUUCUGCUCCCUUCACUCUGCUGGAAGCUGAAGAGUGCUAGGCCCUGUGUAGUAGUGCAUAGAAUCUAGCUUUUUCCUUCUUUCUCUGUAUAUUGGGCUCAGAGAUUACAGUGUCUCUAUGUGAAUAUGGACAGUUAGCAUUUACCAACAUGUCUGUCUACUUUCUCUUGUUUAAAAAAAAUUAAAAAACUAAAAAAAAUGGGGUAUAGAAGGUCAGCAAGGGUGGGUUUCAGAUGUUUGGGUGGGUUAAGUGGGCAUUUUGACAACAUGGCUUCUUCUCCUUUGGCAUGUUUAUUGUGAUGUUUAACAAACAUCCUUGCAGUUUAAGAUGACACUUUUAAAAUAAAAUCUUCUCCUAAUGAUGACUUUGAGCCCUGCCACUUGAUGGAGAAUCAGCAGAACCUGUAGGAUCUUAUUUGGAAUUGACAUUCUCUAUUGUAAUUUUGUUCUUGUUUAUUUUUAAAUUCUUUUUUUUUUUUUUUUUUUUUUUGGUUCACUGGAAAGGAAAGAAAGAUGCUCAGUUUUAAACGUUAAAGUGUACAAGUUGCUUUGUUACAAUAAAACUAAAUGUGUACACAAA